AUGAGUGGCCUAAACAACUCUAAGCGAAAAAAUUUUGAGGUGUCAAGUGACUGCUGCACAGGCGGAAGCACGUCCGACUUGUGCCAGUUGUUGAAACUGCUCUCCAGUUCGGAACAGGCCGAACCACGGCAGUACCUCGGCGAGGACUGUGAAGAAUAUGCCAGCGAACCGGCCGGCAAAACAGAAAAAAGAAAACCAAAUUUCAUCCGUUUCGGCAGGGCUGCUGCGUCACCAACUGUAUUCCGCGAAAAAGGCGUUGAUCCAAACUUCCUGCGAUUUGGACGUGCUUCAGGUGCAUUUUUCUCUCAUGGCACUGAACGAAGCUGGAUAGGCAGCUCACUGCUUUUCAGUCGAACGAUGGAUCCGAAUUUUUUGAGAUUUGGAAAAUCCACGGAGCCGAAUUUCCUGAGAUUCGGUAGACGAAUGGAACUAAGCGAACCGAAUUUCCUGCGCUUUGGCAGAGAGCCCAACGAAGAAUUCAACCGUCAGUAUCGAAAGCCAAAUUUUUUGCGUUUUGGUUAA